GAAGCAGCCAACUGCCACAUGAAACGUGACGUGGGUUAUUCGUGCGAUGCGCCGAAACGAAUGCUGUUCUAUUACGAUGCUCGAACAGGUGCCUGUCAACCAAUGUUAUAUCGAGGCUGCGGAGGCAACGAAAAUAAAUUCGAUAGUGCAGCCGAGUGCAACGAAAUAUGCGGAAAAAAGAAAGCUAGAAAUGAGAGUGACUUAUUCACAGAAAAACACGGACUUGUCGGUGAGUCGUUUGAUCCAGAUAUUGUGCAACCAUUUUUUAAUAUACAUUUAGUGGAUGAGUGCAACAUUCCAACUGAUGCAGACGUCCUAGACGUAGCGAAAACUUGUGAAGACGGUUGCCCGAUGAACUAUCGUUGCAACGAAAACAAUAAAUGUUGUCCGACGAAAGAUUACAUAUGCUCACUUCCUGUCACUAGUGGAUCUGAAAUUACUAUAUUUAAACACUAUGGACGGUACGCACAUCAACAUCAUCUCAGGAAUUGUAUUCGCUUUAGUUAUUUUGGAAGCGGUGGGAACUUCAACAACUUUCGAACGUAUAACGAUUGUAAACGAUUCUGCAUGGAUUCCUGA